GAGUACAAUUAACUGUUUGCUUAGGUUUUGAUUAAACUUGUCUUCAUGCACUAAACAACCAACAUUACAUUGCUCAACUUUCAAGAAUGCACUUGUUGGUGUUGGUGUCUGCAGACUAGAUGACAUGCGUGGAAGGUGAAGCAGUUCAAGAGCCAAAUCUUCCAUCUUUGGCAAGGCAAGGCUCAAUGUUCAGUCUCACCCUCGAUGAGGUCCAGAACCAAUUGGGUAAUUUGGGGAAACCAUUGGGGAGCAUGAAUCUCGAUGAGCUUCUCAAAAGCAUCGACAAUGGUGGUGCACCCCAAAAUCAUUCAGGAUCGUCUUUGCCUCGGCAAGGGAGCCUCACAUUGUCCAGAGAUCUUAGUAAGAAGACUGUCGAUGAGUUAUGGAAAGACAUACAACUAAAGAAGAAUGACAAGGAAGAACAAUGGAAUAAUGACGCAGAAAGACAUCCAACUCUUGGGAAGAUGACCCUUGAAGAUUUCUUGGCGAGAGCAGGCGUUGUUGCUGAUUCAAUUCUGAUGCCGCAACAAAAUACCCAACAACAAGAGAAUCAAUGGAUGCAAUUCCAGCUCCCUUCAGUACAGCAGCCUCAGCAACAGCAUCAUCAACAUGAUAUGAUGCCUGUUUUUAUGCCAAACCAUCCGAUUCAACAGCCUAUGGCUUUGAGUAUGAUGGAAGGCCCUUAUGCUGAUGUUCAAGUGAACGUGUCACCCUCUUCUUUGAUGGGCACUCUUUCAGAUACACAGGCAGCAGCCACGCGGAAAAGGGCUGCUCCUGGAGGAAACGUGGUUGAGAAGACUGUUGAAAGGAGGCAUAAGAGAAUGAUUAAGAACAGGGAAUCUGCGGCGCGGUCACGAGCCAGGAAACAAGCUUAUACACAUGAGCUAGAGAUCAAGAUCUCGCAUUUGGAAGAGGAAAACAAAAUACUCAGAAGACAAAGUGAAUUGGAUAAGGUCUUGCCUAGUGCUCCUCCCAUUGAGCCUAAGCAUCAGCUUCGGAGAACGAGUUCAGCCCCUUUCUGAUAUUUUUCUUGUCACUACAUAAUGGUUAAAAGAUGCAUUAUUCAGGAAAUAGAGAACAGCAGCUGUCAUCUCUCAAACCAUCAUCCAUCCUUGGUUUCUUACGGGGAGAAGACGCUUCUGUUGGGCCAGUUCUAGGCAUCUCAGUUGGAGAGGCCGUUUUGUUCUCCUCGACCAGUGGCUUGGAAUCUUUUAGCACCCCACCUAGUUUCUGCUGCUCCUCAACGAUCUUCUGCAAGUAUUUACCCUGGGCUUCUAUCCUUACUUGUAACUGCCUCUGCACCUGGAAAAAAGAGAGGAUUAUGUAAAAAUGUUGCUCCUCAUACCAUAGGACAUUCUCCAAGAUAUCGUAAUAUCGUAUUAUCUUCCUGAACAAGCUUGCUUGAAAUGAAUAAUUCAAGCAACAUUUUUACAGGAUGUAGAACAUGCUAGAGAACAAAAUAUUAAUUUGAUUCCAGGUA